CCCCGCCUAGGACCCUGCACUCCCACCAGGAAGGCCCUCAGAGGCUGCAGCUGUUGGGAUGGCGCACUGCUGUGAUUGUCCUCUGCGGCUGGAGAAGAGUUUCAUCUUGGAUGGGGUGGCCGUGAGCACCAUGGCCCGCACCUAUGAGCGCUUGAGGCCCAAGCUCUGGUCGGCGAUUCCGCCCUACAACGCACAGCAGGACCACCACGCCCGCCGGUAUUUCCAGAGCCACGUGGUUCCGCCCGUUUUGCGGAAAACUGAGCAGGAUCACUGCGGCACAGGAAGAGACGGCUGGAUAGUGGAUUAUUUCCACAUCUUCGGGCAAGGACAGAGAUACCUCAACAGGAGAAACUGGGCAGGGGCAGGGCAUUCCCUCCAGCAGGUGACGGGGCAUGACCACUACAAUGCUGAUCUGAAAGUGAUCCAGGGGUUCAAUGGCCGGUUUGGCUAUCGCCGGAACACCCCAGCCCUCCGCCAGCGCCCGUCUGUCUUUGGAGAGGUCACCCAGUUCCCUCUCUUCUAACAGCAUCUCUUCCCUUCACAAUUCUCCACCUGAAUAUCUAAGACAGACGUUUAGAUGAGCUCUCAAUGUUUCUUUAUAUAAAAUAUUUUUUACUUGUG